AUGGCACCUGGGGGCCUGCCCUGCGCCUUCCCCGCCCCCCGGAGACCUGGGGCCCGCCCCACCCUUGGGGGCCCCCCUACCGUUGGGGGCCCCCCCUCAUCGGGCUGCUGGGGGCCCCCUCACCCCGGGGGCUCCCUAGCGCCUGGGUCCCCCCUAAGCCCCCGGGGGCCCCCUGGGGCCCCGGGGGGGCCCCAGGGGCCCCCAGGGCCCCCAGGGCCCCAGGGGCUCCCAGAGGCCCAGGGGCCCCCAGAGCCCCAGGGGGCCCCAGGGACCCCAGGGCCCCCAGGGGCCCCGGGGCCCCCGGGGCCCCCGGGGCCCCCGGGGCCCCCGGGGCCCCCGGGGCCCCCGGGGCCCCGAAGUCCGUGGGGCCCGUGGGGGCCCCUCGGGGAGGGCACCGGGGAGGCGUACCUGGAGUGGGUGUUUGGGGGGGAGUUGUGCUGCAAGUUGUGGUUCACAGUGCUGCGGGGGGACAGUUUGGGUUUGCUGCAGCUGCUGCAGUGUUUGCUGCUGCUGGCGCUGACGGAGCAGCGCCAAACCCUCAACGCCCACCUCCCCCAAGACCUCGUCGAGCUGCUGGCAGCACAUGGGCCCCGCUGCUGCUGCCUCGCCAACCACAAGCUCUUCUGGCCCUUCCCGCCCACCAUCCUCAGGGCCAACAGACACAUCCAGGUCCUGCCUCUCUUUCCGCCAACUCCGGGGGCCCCCGGGGGCCCCCGGGGGGCCUCUGGGGGGCCCAGGGGGCCCCCAGGGGGCCCCCAGGGGGCCCCGGGGGACCUCGGGGGGCCCCGGGGGGGCCCAGGGGGCCCCCAGGGGGGACCCGGGGUCCUCGAAGGGGCCUCGGGGGGCCCAGGGGGCCCCCAGGGGGCCCCGGGGGACCUCUGA